CGUAAACGAGGACCACCUGAUCGGACUAAAUGGAAGCAGCGGAGGAAACUCUCACUUACCGAGAUGACACCGGACUUCACAAGAAGCUGCUCCCGGAGGAGAAGGGUAAGGGUCUCACCGAAACCAAAAGCGACGAAUCCAACUAUGUGGAUCUGGACAUGAAACCGGACGGCGCAAAAACAGUGAAAGUGUCUUUCACCGGCGAAGGAAACCAGCUGUCCGUUAUUAAAUGUGACAGUUCGAAGCAGGGGGAGCAUGACAAGGAGGACAAAAUCAUUUCAGAGGACUUGGAAGAGCGGUCAGAGGACGAGCGGGCCACCGGCGAAGGGCCUGUUUCGGGUGAGCCGCCCUUGGAAACUCUGACCAAACUUCCCAGCACCGAUCAGGACUCGGAAAAUGAGAAACAACGCCAGAACGAGCUCGACCCCAGUGACUGCAGCGAACAUGUGUUCAGUGAGAACGAUGAGCUGCAGUACACGGACAUGUAUCUGAACAGCAAAACGGAGUCUGAUGACGGUGCCAGCGCGGUGCUGUCCGACCACUGCGGCUCCGACACCGUGGAGGACGAGUCUCACUAUAUCACCACGCACGAAAUCCAACUGACCGAACUGGACCACGACGUAGAUUACGAUCUAGGCCGCGGGACCUGCUGGGAAUUCGAAGACGACAAUUUGGUUUAUUCCUUUGUGGAUUAUGCCUCGUUUGAGAGUGAUGAAACGCAGGAGGGAACUUUGAUACUGGAGGGCAAGAGUCAGGCGAAAGUGCAGUCUAAUCUUGGUGGAGCAGUUGUCAGCACCGAGCAGGACGAGAGUGAUCUUUGUGACUCGGACAAAUGCGCCAGCUCAGAUGAAAGUUUGUGCAAAAACCACAGCGGGGACCCAAAUGCGGGGAAAAUCCGUUUAUCAAUAAAAACCUCCUCCAGGGCGGUGAACGAGCCGCUCGGUGUCUUUGACAGCAGCACCUGUGGCUACACAAAACGCACCGCAGACAGGAGCCACUUCUCCUUUGUGAGCUCUGGCGCCAGAGCGGGGCCCUUGUGCGAUAGAGCACAGUAUUUCAUCCCUGCUCCGGGACGUCAGCACCUUGCAACCAAACUAAGACGGAAAGAUAUUAAUGAGUAUUCCAGCGGAGCCUCCAGCUCCAUCAGUGAGCUGGACGACGCUGAUAAAGAGGUGCGUAAUUUAACCGCCAAAUCUUUCCGCAGCCUGGCAUGUCCAUACUUUGAUGCCAUUAAUCUCAGCACCUCUAGUGAGUCCUCUAUUUCGGAAUAUGGGCUUAAUAAAUGGUCGGCUUAUGUGGACUGGAAUUAUGGAAAUAUAGCACGGGGUAAAGAACGCAGCGUCAUUGCGCACAAAACAACCAGCGCGACUUUGGAAAUGAAUAACACGGUGGAGAGUAAGAGGCAUGGUAAGUCAGUUACCAACACGAAAGGUCCUCAAAACAAAAUUUACACACAGAAUAAGAGGACACCCUCUUUACAGUCAUCUUCCAGUAGUAAAAAUGUCGAACUGAAAGGUCCUGUUGAGUCAAAGCAGCGCGGAGUCACGCUCAAUUUUCGCUGUAACGUUGAAACAGGGGUGUCUGAAGGUGCGAGGCGUCCAAAGUGUUCUAGUGCCCGAUCCAAGGCAGUUACUGGGACUGUGUUGGCUAGGUCAGGGUGUGAAAUGCAAUAUCAUCAAACAGACGGCAUGGGGGACACGCAUAAAAGAGCAGUUUUUGCUUCGAGUCUACUGAAAAAUGUCAUUUCCAAAAAGAUGCAGUUCGAGCAAGAACGCAAAAUGGAGAGGGGUGAAAUUCGUGACACUUACCCCGCUCUCUCCCCGUGUUUUCAAUUCAAAGAUCAUGAUGUGAUGAGAGGAAAGAAUCUGGGCAGAGGCGUGCAAAGGCAAACCUCAGAAUCAGGAUCUGGAUUCACUGUUAAUUCUGCAGAUGACCAACAUGUGGAGGGCAGCAGGUCUGGGUCUUGUGAGCCUGCUGAGGAGCAAAAAAGCAAAAACACACAAGAUGAUUCACCAGAACAAGGACAACUGGAGGCUAAAGAACCUCUAAAAGUGCCUGUCAGCAACAGUCAAACUAGUGGCUUUAAUUCAGGGAAAGAUGAAGUGCCAGAGCAUUUAAAGGAGGCUGAACUCUCCACAGCUGUAAGUGACCCUCACGCUUCGAAAGGAGCCAAAGAAAACGAACAAUUAGACACCAGCAGUAUGCUGACAAAGCUGCUUUUUGUUCCAAGUUGCCAGCUCCUUGCAAAAGAGAAGGAUUUUACAAAAGACUUGUCAAAUCAUACACCUGCCACAGGCAUUCCUGCUAGCCCACAGAAAUGUGAAAAAGAGUUCAAAAUGUGCAAUAAUGGAAAUGUAGCAGGAAAAGAAGUAAAUGAGAAGGGAGGGAAAACACCCGAGAUCAAAAUAUGUCUGAGAAGUGUGAAAGAAAAUAAAGGGUGUACACUGAAUAUUGCCAGCCUUUUAACCCCUAAAAUAAGUUACAACACCGUUAACACACUUAGAGCAGCAGGUGAUGCCAAAUGCCACAUUUUGUCUGCAUCAGAUAAGACCCCAAACUUUGCAGUAAGAGACAUACGAGACACCAAAUGUAAGUUUCAGACACCCAUAUAUCAGGUCAGAGAUGUGCGGAAAUUAGUAAAAAGUUCAUAUCGUUUUGUGUCUCUCGAUAAUGUUGAAAGUAAAUGCUCUACCGCACCUUCAGCAGCAGCAGAUAAACUUGAUGAUAAGGCCAAAAAAGAAAUAGUUAAGCACCUAUUACCCAGUCCUAUUGUAAUUAAGUGCCAUUCUGUAAAAACUAACAACAAACAGGCAGGAGAGGCAUCACAGAAACAAACUGAUACAGGCAGGUCAUCCCCCAAAGUCUCAUGUGAAACAUCCCAGUGUGAAACUGCAACAUCACUUAGCUCAACUAGCAGGGUUCCUGUGGCAACCAAGCAGAUAUAUCCUGACCAAUCAGAAAUUCAACCCAAUACUGAAAGCAAACUGAUAAAACAGAGGAUAGAGAAGUUUUCAGGUGAGUCGGCCGAGAGGAGAAAUGAACCGGUAAUACCAAAACAGGCGGCGUUAGAGAAACUUAAAGCUGCAGUCAAAACUAUGGAGCAGCUUUAUGUUUUUGAUAGAAAUGAAUGGAAGCGAAAAAAUCAAGCUCCGCAGCCCAUCACAGGCAGCCACGUGCUUUCACUUAUUGCCAGUGAGGAACAAGGUGUAGAGGAGCUGGAGGCAGCAGCAGGGAGUAUCCGAGUAACUGACAUAGACAGGGUUCCUCAGUCAACAGUAAAUGCACCAUCAUUAUCAUCAGAAACACAUAAGCUACAAGAAGUGAAAGGGUCUAUGAAUAUUAUACAUGUUCCAUAUAACAAUGACACCUUCAAAACACAGUCGCAGCAAAACAAAACAUUUAGCAACAAAAGCGUGCUUCAUUUUGGAAAUGGCAAUAAGGCACAUAUCAGUAUUAGUUCAGUUAGUAACUCUAUCCCACAAAGCUCUGUGCUGCAAACAUCAUCGACUAUGAAAAGCUCAAAGACACCAGUGGCUCCACUCUCAGUGAAAAUAGAGCCACCGAAACAUGGGCAGGUGGAGCAAGGAAAGGUCAAAAUCACUCAGACUAAUCCCACAGUCACACAGGCCUGCUCUGACUCUGAGAACUAUUUAACCAUACCAGGGCUGGGGUACACACACGAAAUCAAGCUGCUGAAUAGAGAACCAGGUACUAAGGAGGUGAAUUUAAGCAUAAGCCCAGCUCAUGUGGGCGACACAAAGAGACCUGAGCAGUCAGACCAGAAAAGGUCUCCGCUGAUCAUGGAGUAUCCAGCCUCCACCAUCUACCAUCACCCAGCAGUAGCAGGGCUACAACAGCAGCAUGUGCUGUGUUUCUCCCCCUCGGUCCCUACAGUGUCACCAACACCUUCAGGAGGAGAAACAAUCCCACAAACUCAGAGGAAGAUGCUUUUGGACCCCACUACGGGACAUUAUUACCUGGUGGACACUCCCAUACAUGCCACUACCAAGCGACUAUUUGACCCAGAGACAGGCCAGUAUGUGGAUGUACCCAUGUCGCACUCGCCUGUGGCCCCUGUCACCCCUGUCACCCCUGUCACCCCUGUUACCCCUGUCACUCCUGUCACCCCCGUGCCUCUCUCUUUGUCCCCCCUGGCUUGUGCACCCACCUACAUGAUCUACCCGGGGUUCAUCCCCUCGCCCACGCUGCCAGCCCACCCAAUGCUGCCACCGUCGCCAUGUCACUCUGAAGAGGCAGGUGGGGAAAAAGUAAAAAACGCCCGGCUCUCUGGGCAGGAAACUAACUCCACGGCCACUGAGCGUGCAUAUUACAGUGCAACAGGUGAGGCUCCACAAGGGCCGCUGCAGCUUCCUGUGAGUUUGGGACAUGUGACCGCCAGAGGAUCUGCGGUGAGCUCUGAGAGGAAGCCAGUUAUCAGCAUCACAACACAACAAGGUCCAAGAAUCAUCGCCCCUCCUUCCUUUGAUGGAACAACAAUGAGCUUUGUGGUGGAGCAUCGGUGACCAAGAGAACAUCACAUAUGUAAAAGAAUCUGCCUUCACUCACUUUAGGAGCUGUUUUCAACACCAGCCCUCCAGACUUCAUCUUAUCUACCCCUACAGCAACUUCCACAACCAACAAUAUCUAUCCACUUUGUUGUGUUAUUUGUCCUUGCAGCAGAUGUUACUGUAUUCUGUAUGCAACGCAGCACUUUGUAGGUUAAAAACAUUUAGCCAUGUCCUCUGGUUGAUGCUCUGCCACUUUGUUUUAUGAAUCUGCUUUGUAAUAUUUUCCUUUCAGCUGCUGUCUAGUAUUCUGAUCUCCAUUAAAAUGUUGUUUGGACAGAGCAGCAAGUCUGUUCAAAAGGAAACAAGACAGGUCUUCUUUCACAAUGUCAUCAUCCACACUAUUGCUUAGUGCAGUUUAAUGUUGCCAUACACAGUAUUGAAAGCAAGACUAUGUUUCUUUUAAAAGCAGACAAUCUUUUACAAGUAAAAUGGUGAAUUCAGAAUCAACAAAAUACUGCUCUGAAAAGUUCAUUCAGGGGUUUUGCUGCUGCAACAUCUCAAAUCAUAGAAUCAUAUCAUAGAAGCUACUGAUCCGUGGUAGCCCCCACCUAUGGCUAUUAGUUUGAUUAAUUAUCAAAAGAAGGUUCUUCCGAAGAGAACAGAACACUGGAUUACAGCUAUCUGGCCUCAAAUGUAAUAUAUGAUGUAUUUGCCCCUGCAUCUAGAGAAAUGUUAUCAUUUUCAUCACAUCCAAGAUAUAAGUUCAUAAUAUACAUGAAAUAACCUCUUCACAUAUUUGUACAUAUGUGAAAUGUAUUUUGUAUGGGGUAGAUAAAUGUCAGUAUAUGAAAUACAAUUCCAAUUUUUAAUGUUUUUUAUACAGUAUGUACAUUCAUGUUUUCACUUCAUAUGUAUACAUAUUUCACAUACUGGCAUUAAAUCUGUGCAUAUGUGUGAUAUAUGCAGAUAUUGCAUUUGCUUGAGGCAGAAUUGUUAAAAAAAAAUUGGAUCUGAACAAAGAACUCAACCAAUAGUUUACCUGAUUUCCCAUGAACCACUUCAACCCAAGCAUAGAUAAGUGGCUGAAAAAAGAUGGAGACCUGUAGAGCGCUUUUUAAAAUUUAUAUUGCAAUGUCUAUGGAGUGGCCCAAUAUUGUGUAAGUGCAUACACAGACACAAGUGAGAGAAAACGUUUUGUUUACGUUUUCUUUAAAAUUUUGGAAUUCAGCUACUGAUAUUGAAAGCCAUAUCUUUAAAGUAAAAUAAAUGAUUCUUUAUCAUGUGACUGUCCUUGGUGUCACAUGUGCUGCUGUCUAGCAAAAGUAAACUGGUCUUGCUUUAAUUUACACAGAGAUAAUUUAUUAUGUUUUAGGGAAUAAAAUCCAUAAUUUCCAGAGUUUUCUGCGAACAGGGACCAUUUGUCUGCACUGACCUUUAAGAACACCAUUAAUUGUGGAGUAAAUGUUAAUCCAAGUCAUUCUUACAGUAAACUCAAUCAGAAUAAAUACGAUUAUUGCAUUUACAAAUAUCUAUAUCUUAAUAUGGCCCAAGAUAAGAGUAUUUUUAGCCUAAUAAAUGUCUGACAUUGCUGCUGUAUCAACAGCAGUGUUUUUCUCCUUCACAGUGACAUUUGUGUGAGGACGUGCUGUCGACUGAUGCUCUACUUGAAGUAUGUGCAUCCUGUGUUUCAUCACUCACAAAAUGCUGAUAAUCUCUGCACAGCUGUUUGCUGUAUGAAGUGGUGUAUGUUAUGUAAAAGCACACUCCUUGUAGACUACAGUGUGAGGAAAAGUGUGUUGUUGGAGCUGGGACUCAGGUUUAGCUGUGUACUUAGAUCAGUAUUUCUAAGUACUAAUGUGGCUAAUGAGUCAGAGCCAGCUGAGACAUUUAGGGGAUAACUUCCUCUAUUAGUGUUGGUUUAUUUUACACGUUUGUGUAAUGAGAUGGGAGUUUGUGCAUGUGUGUGGCUGAAUGUGUCUGUGUUUGUGACUUUGAGUUAUGCCAGGCAUUUCAACAUUAUGUGAGUGUACAACAAGGAGUCAUGUUACUUCACUGAAGACGCACAUGGUACGUGUGUUGCGUGUGUCUUCACAUUUAACAACAUAGCGGCGUCAUUUUUUUCAUGUUUAAACUCCUUCACCUCCUUUGCCUGAAUGUUUCUGAGUUACCAAAACUACACAUUAACAUUAACUCCUUCUUUGCUACUGCCUUCGGUACAGAGAUUUUUUUUUUUUUUUCUCUUUACUGUCUCUUGUUUCCUUUUGAAUAUGCACUAAAGCAUCAUGGGUCACUGUGCUGUACUUGACUCAGUAAUACCAGCAUCCUUUGCAGGAUUCAUGUAGACUAUAGGCUGCUUCAUUUUUUUUUUUUUUUUAGCUUGUUUCAAAACUAAACACAUACUGAAGGUAUUUGGAGCUGCUGGUCAGUCUAUGUACCUUAACUCUGUAAGUACAUGUUGUUGUACCACUGCAACAGCAGAAUUUGUAUGAAAUACCCUCUAAGUUGAUUUUGUCAUAAAUUAUAUGAAUUCAUGGAGUGAUUUGGAAGAUUUGUUGUUAACUGUGCAGUAGACUGGACAUAGAUUGCUCUUAAUGUUGAGAGCAAAAAGUGAUGUUGCAACGUUUAAUGCAUUUUAGAGUCAAAAUGUAACUUGUAACAUGUAGUAUAUAUUCAUAAUUGGCUCAUAUUUAAAUUAAUCAUUGUGAGUUAUUUGCUCAUGAGGUAUUAAAGAACAGUGCAAGUAAAAAUAUACAUAAAUUUAGAAAAUCAAUGAAGGGUUCAGCCAUAAAUCAAAGCAAAAAUACUACAAAUGUGCCACCAUCGUUGUUAAGCUAUUAGUGAUCCAAUCCUUACAUAUGUUUUAUUAAUCUUUAUAUGUAUUUUUACUGCUGGUGAAAUUGUGGAGCAAGUAUAUUUUACCAACAUGUUGUCCGGUGGUUGCAGAUGUUAGAUGCAAACGAACUUGUCAUUUAGAUAUCUAAUGAAGAUUUUAUUUGAGUAGAAAAAUAAUGUAAAUUAACAUCUGUUUCCAGUAAACCAGCUGUUCCCAAGUUGUCUGUAGUAAUGACACCCAAUCCCCCAUAAUCCAUUUCUUAAAUGACCUUUAUCUGUAGCAAUUAUAUACUUGAUGCACUUAUCACUAUUUUGUCACUGACACUGACAGCAAUGAAUGGCUGCAAACAAAGGAGCACUGAAUGGAUUUAUUAAAUGUAUUGUUUUCCAGUAAAUAUUACCCCAAAAUGCACUGUAACAUAUAUAUAAUAUUUGUUUUAAAAGAUUCAUUCAGAUGUCCUUCAACAAACCUGCUGACUUAAAAGUUAAACAGGAGAAAAGACUAUUAAAGCUUGCUUUUGUGUAAAGACUGAUGGUUAAAUGAAGGUGAGGUGGUUUGAGACAAGUGCAUAUAUGAAUGUUAAAAAAGGGGAUGAGUGAAAUACAGUCAGUGGUUGUAAAGUGAAAUAGCUGUAAUGUGAAUGUUUUGCAUGAAAUAUCAACUGCAUUGCAUGACUGCCCCAGAAAAAGACGGAGGUCAGGAUGAAAGUGGAGAGAUACCUUGAAAGGAGAAGUAAGUGCUGUGUUUGCACUUACAAGCUUUGAAGUAAUGAACAUGAUGAAUGAGUGUAAUGUAGACUGACAAGGCUACAUAUGGUUGCAAUAAAUUCAAAACGCAAGCUACCAAACAUGUUUAGUGUCCAUUUAAAUAAAUUUUACAUCUUUUUGUUUUUGGAAUAGUACUGUCAAACAUUAACCAUGAUCAAAAAAAUAAAAAAAAACUCAGUAGAGAAACUAAAUCAUAGAUAAUCAAAUCAGAUUUUUGGUUCCAGAUAUCAUAUCCACGCAGUAUGAACUGAUGAAUUGAAAAUGUAAAAUGUGUCCUUUUUGAUUCACUACAAAGUGGCACUAAAACCAAUCAUUUAAUAUAAACAAACAUUUAGAUUAAUAUUAGAUUACGAUGUUGGCCAGCAAAGCAUUUGACUAUAUUUACAGAAAUAAAUAUUAUGUCCAAUCAUAUGGAGUAUUUACCUCGCUUCCUUUAUUUAUGCACAGCUUUUCAUCAUACAUUUCAAUUUUGCUGACUUGAUUAACUUUUUUUAACAAUUAAUGUUUACUUUGAUGCAUUUACAAGCUAUAGUAGCCAU